CCAAAUUCAAUAGCUGACUGACUCCGUAUAAUAAGCGUAACCCUAAUGUGACCGCUAUAAAUUGCCACUCAUUGUUCGGCGGCCUGUGGUUCACCGAGGGCGUUUUUAGGGGAAGCAGAGCAGAGAUCUCUCUUUCUUUGAGUAGUUUCCACCAUGGUGAACGUACCCAAGACAAAGAAAACAUACUGCAAGAGCAAGGAGUGCAGAAAGCACACCUUGCAUAAGGUCACACAGUACAAGAAGGGCAAGGACAGUCUUGCAGCGCAGGGUAAGAGACGUUACGAUCGCAAGCAAUCGGGUUAUGGAGGACAAACCAAGCCUGUUUUCCACAAGAAGGCUAAGACAACAAAAAAGAUUGUCUUAAGGCUUCAGUGUCAGGGGUGCAAGCAUGUGUCUCAACAUCCCAUCAAGAGGUGCAAGCACUUUGAGAUCGGUGGAGACAAGAAGGGCAAGGGAACAUCUCUGUUUUAAAAUUUGUGUUGUGUUUUUCUUUUUCUGUGUCAAUGAAGCUUUAGCCGGGGUGGCAAAUAUUUUGUUUAGUUGUGUUGUGUCUGAUGACUUUCAUGUUUUAUAACAUUAAGAUGUUUGUUUACUGAACACAUUUUAUGAUAUCUAUUAACUUUAGGAA